GAGUGUUUUGAUUCCCCUCUACACUCGAUUAGUUCGGUCUGACGCAGUGUCAUAAGCAGAAAACAUUCCUCGCGCAGCUGAGAGUGAGUGAGUGUACAGGGACAUGAUAUUGACUGUCAGUGCUGCUCUUCCCUGCACACAACAUGGGCUCAGCCGCCCUUACCACCAAAAGCAGAGCCCCAGCUUCACUGCAAAGCCCCGGACUAGGUUCUGUGUCGUGGAUCGCAUGUAAUGUUGAGAUAUUUGAGGUGUAAAUGUGGGUGAAGGUGCUGUGGACUCAGGACAAGAUGGCAGCAGUAUGAGACACACACAUCUACAUGCCGUGAGUUCAGUCGAAGUGUGUAAAAUGAUCGGAGAAGACCUGGAUUAUAUCUACUGUUAGUCCGUGUGAAAGGUAUGGCCUCACAAGUCUUGGUCUACCCACCACAUGUUUUUCAAACUCAGACAAGUGCCUUUUGUAGUGUGAAGAAACUCAGAGUUGAGCCCAGUAACUGUGUUUACCAUGAGAGGGCCUACCCACAGACUUACUUGAAUGGUAGAACCCUUGGCAUUGCUUACCCGUCAAAAAUCACCGCUUCAUUUAAGACACGAGAUUCUGUGAUCGGCAGACACUGCGGUCAGGAAUUACCAUUGCAAACGGCUGCUGUACGCGGUGUGCGACGUCAGCAUACCACCACAGCGGCGCAGCAGCAAAAAGGGGGUGUCGCCUCUCAGGAUAAGGAGCCGGAGCACCAGGAAAAAGGAAAGGGUUGCAGCAGUGGAGCUACAGGGGCAGUUGGAAGGGGUAGGGGAGAGGGAAGCAACAGUCAAGAAGGAGGAAGUGGAGGACAGUGUGAAGGUGACGAAGGUGGUGGAGGAGAGGACGAGGGUGACCGGGAAGACUGUGGAGUUUUUAACUUGCAAGACAGCUCCCACAGAUGCGGGCUGAAACGUAAGAGCGGGGAGCUGGAGAACUUGGGGAGUGCCAUGCAGAUUGUAGAGGACCUGUCAAUGUUACCUGCAAUGUUGCAAUCAAAUUUGGGUAACCCACCAGUUGCAGCCCCAGCGGUAGUCGCUGGAGGGCCUGCAAAGCAAGGUGGAAAUUCCGGAAAUGGGGAUGGAGACUAUCAGUUGGUGCAGCAUGAGUUGCUUUGCUCUUUGAAGAACACCUAUGAGGUCUUGGACUUCCUCGGCCGUGGUACUUUCGGCCAGGUAGUGAAAUGCUGGAAACGAGGCACCAGUGAGAUUGUGGCGGUGAAGAUCCUGAAGAAUCAUCCAUCAUAUGCACGACAGGGCCAGAUUGAAGUAGGCAUCCUGGCACGCCUCAGCAGCGAGAAUGCAGAUGAGCAUAAUCUGGUGCGAGCUUUCGAGUGUUUCCAGCACCGUAGCCACACCUGCCUCGUGUUUGAGAUGCUGGAGCAAAACCUGUAUGACUUCCUCAAGCAGAACAAAUUCAGCCCGCUACCUCUGAAGGUGAUCCGUCCCAUUCUUCAGCAGGUGGCCACAGCGCUAAAGAAGCUAAAGGCCAUGGGACUGAUCCACGCGGACCUGAAGCCUGAGAACAUCAUGCUGGUGGACCCUGUACGGCAGCCCUACAGGGUGAAAGUCAUAGACUUUGGCUCAGCCAGUCACGUCUCCAAAGCCGUCUGCUCGACGUACCUCCAGUCGCGGUACUACAGGGCUCCAGAGAUCAUUCUUGGCCUGCCUUUUUUUGAAGCCAUAGACAUGUGGUCGCUGGGAUGUGUGAUUGCUGAGCUCUUCUUGGGCUGGCCUCUCUACCCAGGGGCCCUAGAGUUUGACCAGAUCCGCUACAUUUCUCAGACACAGGGUCUGCCAGGAGAGCAUCUGUUAAACGUGGGGACGAAGACGUCUCGCUUCUUUUGCCGGGAGUCGGACUCGCCGUAUGCGGCCUGGAGACUUAAAUCCACAGAAGAGCACGAGACAGAGACGGGGCUGAAAUCAAAAGAAGCAAGAAAGUACAUCUUCAGCUGUUUGGAUGACAUAGCGCAUGUGAAUCUAGUGAUGAAUCUGGAAGGCUGUGAUUUGUUGGCAGAGAAGGUUGAUCGUGCAGAGUUUGUGGGUUUGCUGAAGAAGAUGUUGUUGAUAGAUGCAGAGGAAAGAAUAGCCCCGAGUGAUGCCCUUAGCCAUCCUUUUGUUACCAUGCAGCACCUGUUAGACUUCCCCCACAGCAACCAUGUCAAAUCCUGUUUUCACAUCAUGGACGUGUGCUGCUCACGACCAGGCAGUUAUGAGUCUCUCAGUCGGACCAAGGCUCCGUUUGUCAGGACUGUCCCGAGCACUGGUGCUGCGCCCAGCAUUACCCUGCCCUUCUGCAAGGUGACUGGCAUUCACACUCAGUCUGAUGGUCGAGUCUGGCUUUGGCGGAUACCAGGAGAACGUUACCUGUUUGAUUGCAAUGUGCCAACUGUUAAGGCUUUAGCCUCAUCCGGCCCUUCAGUGAUGCAUCCUGGAAUACCUCUCCAGACAGGAAGUGCUCAGUUUGGUGACUCUUUUCAACAGGCGCUUAUUCUCUGUCCCCCAACCUUGCAAGGUCUCCCACCCAACCCAAAAAAGUCAAUGGGAUACUCGGUGCGUAUGGAAAGUACAGUACCACUGGUGACACAAGCCUCUGCCAUCCAGCCUCUACAGAUCAGACCAGGGGUCAUUACACAGCAAGCAUGGUCAAGCCAUGCCCAGCAGAUCCUGGUGCCCACCUGGCCUCAGAUGGCCCCAGUGGCACCUGUGGCACCUUCAGCAACAACAAUGGCCUCAGAAACAGUGGCAGGUCCACAAAGACUAGCUGAUUGGGGGAAAGUUCAUUCCCUUGGCAACCAUUACAGCUCUAUGAUGCCCCACCACCAGCCGCUGUUAACCAACCCAAUGGCCUUGUCAGCUCACCAGCCUAUCAGCAUAGGGAUCGCUCAUGUGGUGUGGCCACAGCCAGCUGCUAAUAAGAGAAAUAAACCAUCUUCAAACAGAAGUAACAACUUCAUGCACAGCUCCAAUUCCCAAAACUCAUCAUGCCAGUCCCAAAAGAUGGUAGACAGUGCCAAAAACACAGAGGAGGCGGCAGCGGAUUGUGUAGUGGAGGCGGAGUCUGAGGCGGUGCCAGAGGAGGAGCCUGUGUGCUGUAAAGCAGAACCAGAAUACGAGGACUCUACUGUGUCUCAGAAGCAGAGACAGACCAUUGUGAUCGCCGACUCUCCAAGCCCUACAGGCAGUGUCAUCAGUAUCAGCAGUGGAACAGAUGAGGAGGGGCCGGACACUCAGAAACAUUCACUAGAGUGCAAGGGUAGCCCGGAGUGUGAGGCAUGCCAGAGCACACUGAAUAUGGAGCGUGUGUGUUCCCUUAGCAGUCCUGAUUCAACCCUUAGCACCAGUUCAUCUGCUUCAGAACAGUCCAGCGCCUCCCCCUGCAAGAGACCCAACAGUAUCUCAGAAGAUGAGCGUGAGAGUGGAUGUGAAACGGUAGACGGCUCGCCCGCUUCUGUGUCCUCCAGUCGUGCUGACAGCCCCUUCCUGGAGGCCACCUAUAUCAAUGACAACAACCAGAACUGCAAAGCCAAUGGAACCACAGAGGCUGAGUCUACCAAGUUGCCCGUCCGCACCAUGGUGGUGCCGCCCAUGCGGCUUCAGAAUAAUGAGCCGAUGGGCCUCACAGGGUCAUUAUGCCCCCCCAAAGGCCGUAGUGGUUCCAACAGACAGCCGCCCUACUCGACGUUACUGGUGAAUCGCCAACAGAAGACAGCACAGGCUUUCCCGCCCCUGCAGCCCUCUCAACAGCAGCUCCCCUUUGGACAGGUCCAGCAUUAUGGGUCGUCCCACCAGGAGUGGAACGGCAACUACAGCCACCGCCGGCCUCAAGCGUUCAUCCCGCCCACAGUUCAUGGCCACACAUUCACACUGCCUCACGGCAGUCCCACCCACACAGCCCACCCUCCUCAAACACACCUGGGUGUCCAUCCUCACACCCAGCCGACUUUACUGUCCUACCCCACUUCAGGGCCCCUGGUGACAAAUGCCCCAGUGGCCCACCUCUUGGCUUCACCUGGGGCGACACGGAAUCACAUCUUUCAGCCGGCUUUUGGCCUCUCCCAUCCGGCGGGACACCUUGUGCACCAGGUUACUGUGGGGCUCAACCGCCUCUUGCCCUCUCCAACCCUCCACCCUCAAGGCCAAUUCAAGCCUCUGUUCCCCCCACACUCCUUCAUCGCAUCACCUGCAUAUGCAGGCUUCCCGCUCAGUCCCACCAAACUAAACCAGUACCCGUACAUCUGAGACUCGCUUUGCACCCCUCUGGAGGGCCGGCGACAUGGAUGUAAACGUCAGGCUCUCUGUAGAAACCACAUACCACCUGGUUCUCGCACCUAAAGCCAUGGCGCAAGAGAGAAAGAAAGCAGUUUCUUUGAAUUACGUAGACUUGAUUGAGUGCAAUUAAAAUGAGCUUUAAAAGAGGAAAGGUUUGGAAAGUCUUUAGCAAGUAGGUAAAGAAAGUGCACGGUUGAGAAGCAAGCGAUUGGAUAAAUAAGACAAAAAAAAAACUGUUUUGCACAUUUGAUACAUCACCUUAUCAGAUUUUCAGAUCUUCAGAUUUGAGCGCUCCUCUAAUGAAUAUCAGCAACGGAUGGUGUCCAAAAUCAUGUGAUGGUCAACUUAUUUUUAUACAUUGCCUUUACCUUGUAUACAACACGUUUGUUUGUAAAGACAGCCCUGUAUGUUGUUCACAACAUAAAAUGUGUCCACUUGCUGUGUUUUCUUGCGUUCCAAGUAUUUGUACUUUUCUCUGCGUCUUUGAUGUUGUUUGGAAUGGAGUCUCCUAAAGGAGUCGUUCGUCACAUGCUGCAUGUGUUGCAUGAUGUUGAUCAGAGAGAAACCUGUAGGGGCUCUUGACGUGUCUAGAAGCUCGCUGCAUUGUUGUCCCCAGCCAUAGUGCCUUAUAUAUCGGCAGUCGUUCAUGUUCUACUACACUAUCUCUCUGUGUGUAUAUACAAUGUGUUUGUGUGCGUAAGUGUCCUGGACUGCAGCACUUGCAAUUCAAAUCAGUCUGUGCGUUCUUUGUGUGUGCGUGUGUAUAUGUAUUACGUAUAUAUACACACUGGUGUAUUAUUUCAUGCAUAGAUAGGCAUCAAUGUACUGCAUUGCACAAACCGCAGUGCUUAUUUUUGGAUCUGAUGUAUAUUUGAGAUGUAGUGAGUUAAUUUUUGCAUUAUUUCUUCGGAAGACAGCAUGCUUUUGCUGCUGCAAAUGCUUGCUGUUGGAUUUGUUCUUAUUCUCAUUUUUUUUCAUUAUCUUAAAUUAACUAGUUGUGUAGAGGAUACAGUGAAUUUCUAUAUAGAAAAAAUCUACAAAACUAACAGUAUUUGUACUGUUUAGUAAAACUGCAAUACAAUCUAUAUAGUUUGUUUUACUUUUUGUGUGUGUGUUUAGUUCUUUGGGUUUGUGUGUGUUUGUGUUUGCUGUGGUGGGCAUGGCUUCGACUAGAUGAAGACACAAAUGCAAAUAUCGGUCUUUGAUUCAGGGUCAUGGAUUCAUCUUAGCCUGAGCAGACCAUGCAGUAUUUGAUGUAUAGACACAUAUGACUAUGAGUAUAUAUCUAAUAGAGCUAGUUUAUUUAGUGCUGAAGCUUGACACGGUGUGUUUAAGGUGUGCAAUUAUCAUUUAUGCAUGUGUGAAUCUAUUUUUUUUUCUCUUAAUUACAUCAUUAUAUCAUAUGUUGAAAGCUUGUUGGUGUCAACUGCAUUUUAUACAUUCCGUCAGGGAGAAAUAAAUAUAUUGUGUGUUAUAUACACACACAGACACACACACACACACACACAUAUAUAUAUUGCAGUGUGCAUUUUUGUUUUCAGUUUGUUCAGUUUGUUCUGCUUGGUUUGUGUGUUUUUGCCUCUUAAAUGAAGUUGCUUGUGCAUCACCAAAGACUGUAAUUUGAAGGCUCUGUUCCAAAUCUAGUGAUCUGCCUAAGCAGGCGCUAUUUCAAGGCAUCGUAGUUACACUCCUGAUGCAAAAGUUCUCUGAGAUUCUCUUUAAUGGAAAGUUAUCAUCCUCCGCUGCUCUAAGGCUAUGUUUACACGACAACGGUGUAGUCAAAAACAAAAAAGUUUUUCCCUUGCGUUUUUAAAAAGUUUCACGUAUACACAACAACGAUUUCAAAAUGUUUACACAUAUCCAUGAAAACAGCCAAAAACGCUGUAUUACGUAUGCCAGGCCAGUAGUUGGCACUGUCACCUUGUUAGUAAACAGUACUUGUAGGGAAGUGACGAUUAUAUGAUGUAUAUGGUGCGUCUCUGGUGUUGGUUGCAAUAUUGGUGAAGUAAAUCCACACUUUGCUGAAGAAGCGUUAGCAAACUCUUAAGCAGCAACAACAGCACCAUGUACUCUGCCAUUGUUGUAUAUGUUUGUUCGCACUUGCUUUUAAAAUUGACACGUACUGCGCAUAUCUACAUACCUAACACGUACUACGUAUUUACAUGAUGUCACUGUUUUCAAAGAUUCCCGUAUUGGGUGUUUACAAAGAAACAAUAACGUGCCGUUUUCAAAAACGUGCACUUUGAAACCCAUUUUCAAAAAUAUGCGUUUUCAGUCCCUGAAACGCCGUUGUCGUGUAAACAAAGUCAAAACGCAUAAAAGAUUCUCAUUUUUGGCUGAAAAAGUUGUCGUGUAAAACGGCCCCUAACAUUGGAAAAGCAUCAUGUGUGCCUCUUAAACGAAUCACUUUAUAGCCUCGAUGUCACUGUCACUAAAUCACUGUCAGUCAUGUUUGCAGAUACAGCAUGAGAAGUGCCGUUAAAGGAAAUCUUACCUGUCACAAAAUUGUUGGUGACUUCUAUUAUAAAACGGCAAAUUUUUGCUAGAAACUGUGGAUUCAUUAGUAAGAUUAACAAAUUAAAUAAAGUCCGUUAAAAUAGUUCAGUUUGAUAAAAAAAAUUGACCAUUUUACCUAGGAUUUCUCUGAUAUGAAUUUUUAUGCUUACGAAUGUUAGCUGAGCAACAUGCACAUUACACAUUAGACUAUUGAAAUCAACUGCUGGCCGAGCCUAUUCUCAAGUCAUUUGUAUGACUUAUAGAGUUACAGCAUAUGUAAAACUUCUAUAUCGGCUGUGUAUGAAGGCAGUAGACAGCAAAGCAGCUCGUUAGGUUUUGGAACAGAGCCAUUUCUCUGAGCAAGGUAGCUACUCUUUCUGCAUAGACCUCACGUAUAACUGUAGUAAUUAUAGUCAUGGGGUAAAUUUCUAAAAUUGCAUUUAAAAAAUGGCUGAGGUUAUGUUUAGCUUUUUGAACAAGUAAUAAGUCGUAUCAUCUAUCUUGAAUGUAUCAUAGACAAGCUGCUAUAUAUUGAUUGCCACUUCAGAUAGCUGUGAAAUUAGAUUAGACUAGUUCAUAUCUGCAUUCGUUUAUUUGUAUGGGUCUCUCUGAUUGCCUAGAAGUGGAUUUUGAUUUUGAGUAAAUUUUUUGCUUCAAUGUUUGGAGUGUCAUUGCAACUACUGUAUCGCUGAUAUUGGACAUUUAGAAUUGUUUUUAUUUUUUUUUCAAAUCAGUAUUGUAUCUUCAUAACUGUUCUGGCGCAUCACUGCAUAUUAAUGGAUGUGUUUGUGUAACUUAAUUUGUGUAUGUUUACCUGCUUAUCUGUUUUUGAAUUGUAAUAGCUUGCAGGAUUGAUUUAACUUUAUCCAAAUGAACAGUUAUUCUGCAGUGUUUCAGAAAUACAAACAUCGCUAUAUUCGUUAAGGUUUUUUUUUUUUUUCUCUCUCUCCUCUUUUCUUUUCUCAGUUAAUAUGAUAAUCAACCCCAUAACCUCAUACCACUGAGCACUUAUUAAAAUGCUAGUGUGCAGUACACAUGGCCAUGUUUUGAUAUACAGUGUUGUGAUUAAAUGAAUUAAGUGUCCAACUGAAUUGUGAUUUUAUUAAUGUUUGUCAUUUGAAAGUUGAGAACAUGUUUUUAACAAAUUAUCACUGAUGUCAGCUGGUAUGUUAUAUUCAUGUUUGGUCAUGUCAUGUCAUGUCAUGUCUUUUUUUUUUUUUGUUAGCAGUGUAAGCAACACUGUGUGUGCCUUGAUUGAGAUAUUGGUAAUGACACAUUCACUUUGCAAAAACAAGUAUUCAGCUCACCCACUGAUCAGACCAAAUAUAAGAAAUAGCAAACAGUAGAACUUUCCAUUCCAGGGAUCGAAAUGGUUAUAUACACUUUUAAUAAAUUAAUAAAUAAUAAUUUAUGCAUAAAUUUAAGUUAAUAAUCAGUAAUAUAUGUCUAUUUAAUCUUAACCAGCUAAUUUUUACAUUUUUGACAGUGUAAUUUCAAUCUUUGCAUAAAGAAUGUAACAUAUUGCACCCUGUGCAUAUUUCGAUCCCUGUGAAAUGGCAUUCACCAGCAUUUAGCCUGAAUACAUCCAGUGUCAAUAUAGAAAAGACUGUACUCGACACUUUCAGUAUUUAUUGUAUGUUCAUAUUUAAACAAAUUCAAGUGGAUAUGAAUGAUUUCUGUUGAACUCUUUUCUAUUAACACCAUUCAAUAAACAUAAAUGACACCGUUUUAAUGACAUUCAAUGCUUAUGCAUGUUUUGAAAUUAUUGUUUUGGAAGGAAUGUAUUGGCAAAAUUACAUCUGUUUUUUUUUUUUUUUUUUUUUGUGAAUUAUUUUACCUAAAAUAUUUACCAAUCAACCUGAAAUUGACUUCCCGGUAUGUGCUUUUUAAUGUGUAUACAAGUUUCAUGGUUUAUAGCAUAUUUUACAAUCUAUCAAAUAAGUUAUUUCACACUGCAAGAUACGGAUUUCAUGUUUCAAUUACUUGGUUAAUUAAGAGUUUUAAAUUUCACUGUUUUGAUAUUUGUAGACUUUUGUGGCUUUUUGUUUAGGGUUUUGUUUCAUUUGCUUAUUUGAUUUGAUGCUACACUAGUUUGUCACAUAGCACUUGCACUGUGCAAUAUUUAACAGUAUGAGGACUGGGGAAAUGUAACCCUUUGAAUAUAAUGUCUUUACAGAGUGUAAUUGAUGUUUCCUCUCUAGUUCUCAGUGAAUAAAGAUGUGACCAAGCCUUCUUUACUUAGUCACAUUAAACAGAAUUUCCAGGUGACUUUUGGUGAGUGAAUAAGAAUUCAUGGUGUUUUAUUGUCAAUGUUCACUUUGAAUACAAAAGAAAAAUAAAGCAGAAAUAAAAAAUAUAUAUA